CAAUCGCUCCUUGCAACGGUCAGGAGCGGUUCAUGGUCUCAUCUGUGUUUGUCCAGGUCAUGAAGAACCGGCCCCACUCCAGUCCGCUUAAUUUUGAAUUGCCUCAAUUGCCGUAUAUCUUGAUAGCAUACAUGUAAUCAGCUACAUUCGCGACGAGUGUCCUAGCAUUUUAGAAUGUCAACUCUAGCUUCACCCCAAAUUAUCUAUGUCUCCAACCUACCCUAUGAGGCCACCAACGAUGCAAUUGAGGCUGCAUUUGAAAAAGAAGGAUUUGAAGUUGAGCACAUUGAGUUGAUAAAGAAGGGCUCCGGCACGCGCACGAAGGCCUGUGGCUUAGCCGCAGUGUCACUACCCAACGGACUCGAGCUUGCUGACGUCUGCAAGAAGAUGGACGGCAAAAGCUGCUUUGGGCGACCCAUGAUUGUGCGGCUCGACAAGUUCUGUGGAGAUGACCUAGCCUACACGCCCAAGCCAGGCGCAGUGUAGCUGCGGGGUACAUCGGCAAACCGACGGGCGCUGGUCUUGGCACUUGGCGCCCGCGAAGACAGCAAAACUGGCGAGGAGAUCAGCACAGAGGAUGUACUGCUCUUGUGCAGGCCAUGCGAAGCGCAUGUGGGGCAGUGCUGCAGGUCAGCUCGGCAAGGCCGGAUGGAGGCGGCAGCCGCAGCCGGCAGCAUUGGGGCGCUGCUGGAGUGCCGGCGUCUGGCGGCGACUUGGGAGUUGGGGGCUUGCGCGGUGGGCGCAACCUGCAUCGCCACCGGUUCAGGUCCGGGAUGCAGGCGAAGGGGAGAAGCGCACACGGAGGAGGAGUGGGCUGCCCUGCCAUACCUGGCAUUGCUGCCACAUCCGGCCUGGGCGACGCAGCAUCGGAGCAGCAGCCCCGGAGGCGACAGCACACGCAGCACCUUUAUUCCUCGCGGCAGCACCCUGCGCCCAAGCUUGGCGUCAACGCGUUGACCCAUGGCUGGCAGAUGGGCACCGGGCUGGUGCUGUGGUGGCGGGGUGGCGGGGUGGCAGGGUGGCAGGGUGGCGGGGUGGCGCGGACUGAGGACGGCUGUCACGUAGGGGGGGGGGGGUAGCCGUUCAUG